AGUUGUCAAAACAAAAUCUUUUCAAGUUUCCUUCAAAUUCCUAACCUCAAAAUAAAUGUUUUAUUUACAUUUUAAAAUGUGUUGAGUACAAUUUAAUAGUCAAAAUGUUUAGAACUUUAAAAUUCCUCCACGCGAGCCGUAAUUUAAAGUUAAUACAAACACAUUUUCCCGUUCAAAAAAGACUGUUUCGUGCAACCACAGCCUUGAAACAUGGUGAAUACGAAUGGCAGGACCCAAAAUCGGAAGACGAAGUAGUAAACAUAGUGUAUAUUGACAAAGAUGGCAAGAAGACUAAAGUGAGAGGCAAAGUUGGUGAUAAUGUAUUAUAUUUGGCGCAUAGAUAUGGAAUUGAGAUGGAGGGUGCAUGCGAAGCAUCUCUAGCGUGUACAACGUGUCAUGUGUAUGUGCACGAGGCUUAUGUGGACAAGUUGCAAGAUCCAGAGGAGAAGGAAGAUGAUCUCUUGGACAUGGCCCCGUUUUUGAAAGAAAACUCUAGAUUAGGCUGUCAAAUCACGUUAACAAAAGACUUGGAAGGAAUGGAGCUGACAUUACCAAAGGCAACAAGAAAUUUCUACGUUGAUGGACACAAACCAGCACCACAUUGAUUUGUAGUUACCAUAGACCUAGUAGUUUGAGCCGAACAUUGAUAUGACUUCAUGUCAGUCAGUCAGUUUCUCUUUUUAUAUUUACACAUAAGUUAGUGUUUUCGCACAGAUUCAGUGAAGUUAAACAAUAUGUUCUGCUUUUAUGGCACCCCAUCUUAAGUGUUAAAUUGUUUUAUUGUAAUUAAGUGCAAUAUGGUUACUAUCUCGAAAUAUUGUAUAUAGUUACUUAAUUAUACUUGUAGUAUAGUAAUUAUAAUCAAAAUUGUAUUACUAAUAUUAGCUUAAAACUAUGUAUUAAAGUGUAAAUAAAAAAAAGCUUUUAUUUUUUC